UCAAUGAAUGAAAACGAUGGCUUUUUUUUUUGUAACUUUUAGCUUGUGUCUCGAUUAUAUCAGAUACCUCGCCUACUUCAUUUAUUUAUGUGUUUUUUUUUUCUGUUUUGUUUUUGUUUUUCUUAAGUACAGUUAUGCAAUCCCGUCGUUUAUGAUUUGUUUUCAGCUCGAAAGACGGUUAGACACACAGAAACCAACAAGCCCUGACAAAACACACACAGCAGCUCUCUCAAUGCAGGCAGAGAGGUUUCGACAAAACACGACACACCUGCCUAAUUACCUGCUCGAUACCGUUACAGGGCUUCCCAAACCCGGUCCCGGGCCCCCUCCGCUGUGUCUGCUGGCUCUCACUCCAGCCGAGAUCUCAAUUACUCAGCUAAUCCCUUAAUUGAACCGACAAUUCGCCUAAUUAGACCCGUUUUCCUUGUUUUCAGCUUUUAAAAACAGCUGCAGAAAAGUUAGCCGCAACAUUCUGUAAGUGGCUUGAACUCUGCAGCUGGGUUUUUUUUUUAAGAGCUAAAAACAAAUACAAAGGUCUAAUUAAGCAGAUGGUUGAGUGUUUGAGAGCUGUGGACCUGGGUUGGGAAAUCUUGUGUUAGGAUCUCGCUUCGAAAUCCAGAAAAAAAAAAAAACAACAAAAAAAAUAAGCUCUCCGACAAAGCGGUUUUGUUUUUUACCCGAGAGGGUCGUGCGCUGACACGUCGCUGCUGAACGCUUUAAAUACCAAGUUUGCCUUAAAUAUGUGUAAAAAAAAAAAAAAACUACAAGAAAAACGUGACCCACUAACCGGGUCGCGUUAUUCUCCAAAUAAAUAAAACGUUAAUUCAGCUGCUUGUAAAACAUGAAAUGGACCGGACUGCUCUGCAACGGGAGUCUUAUUGCGAUCCCUUUUGUAUUAUGAGCAAUGUUUGGUUAAGCUGUAAUAUCAAUUAUAUAUGAAUCGUUUCCAAGAAUGUUUUGUGUCGUAAUAUUUAUGCACUGUACAGAACGCCAUGACGUCAUGCAAGAAUAAAUCCUGGAUUUAUUAAAAUCAGAGCCAGCGUUGCAUGAUGUCACAGUGCAUGGAACACCGUGACGUCACGUAGGACCAGACCAUGGGUUUGAAUAUAAACAAUGACGUCUUUGUCGUGCCGUCAAACCCCUGUAAAUACCUCCAAAGUUUUGAUUCAAACACAGGCUCCACUUGAGAAAGAGAUUUGCUCUGAGUUAACACACACACACACACACACACACACACACACACACACACAAUCCACUAUGGGAAUAUGACCCCUCUUCCUUUCCCAUUUGCAUGUAAAUACUCUGGUUAAAUGUUAUUGAUUGAUAGUGUGUAAUUUUCUGUAGAAAAACACCAGCACGCUGCAGUUCUCUAACUGUACUCUAGAGGGUGACAGAUCCCAUUGCAAACUGACCCUCAGGUGAGCAAAACCAAAGCCGGUGUUGGACCAAAGCAUUCGCAGCUACUCGGCUAUUCUCGAAUGCUUUAGGUCGGCCUCAAUGUAUAUAUAUCAAUACAUGUUUGCAUUUUAAGGUAGCAGGAUAACAACACCUGGUUUCAAAGCCGUUGUAUUCGUUGACUUCAUUCCAGUCCACCUUAAGCGGACACCUCGCCAGCUGCCCGCGUGUUUGACGUGAGGGUUGACCAAUGGCUCACGCAGAGCGGCCCGCUUGCGCCAAUCAGCGCGGAGAGUGGGCGGGCUCGGUGACGCGCGGUCAGCUGGUUUUUAAAGGGGUCUGGUCGGAAUCAGCUGACUAAUCCGGGUUCGGUGUCUGUUCUGCUAUAGAAACACGUUUUGAAUUAUUUUAGAUUAUUACCGGAUAAAUAAAUAAAAUGAACGAAAGCCAGGCUCUGUUUGUGGGCGAGGACAGCAAGUCAGUCUCUGUGGAUCUCCACUAUGACUCCCGGCUCCAGGUGGAGAUUUCGGACGCGGUCAGCGAGCGGGACAAGGUCAAGUUCACCGUCCACACCAAGACUAGCCUGCCUCGCUUCAAGAGAGUGGAGUUCUCUGUGGUCAGACAGCACGAGGAAUUCAUCUGGCUUCACGACACUUACCUGGAAAACGAAGAUUACGCUGGGAUCAAACACUCAAUCCCUCCUGCGCCCCCCAAGCCAGAUUUCGAGGCGUCCCGAGAGAAGCUGCAGAAGCUGGGGGAGGGCGACGGCACGAUGACCCGCGAGGAGUUCGCCAAGAUGAAGCAGGAGCUGGAAGCGGAGUACCUGGCGAUCUUUAAGAAGACCGUGGCGAUGCAUGAGGUGUUUCUGCAGAGACUGGCUGCGCAUCCCGUACUGAGGAGAGACCACAACUUCUACGUGUUCCUGGAGUAUGAUCAAGACCUGAGCGUACGAGGGAAGAACAGGAAGGAAAUCUUCGGGGGGUUCUUCAAGAACAUGGUGAAGACCGCCGACGAAGCCCUAAUUGCCAGCACGUCCGGGCUAAAGGAAGUGGACGAGUUCUUUGACCACGAGAGGACCUUUCUCCUGGAGUACCACGUCAGGGUGAAGGAGGCCAGCUUGAAGGCUGACCGGAUGACCAGGUCUCACAAAAAUGUAGCUGAAGGAUACAUCCCUGUUUCAUCUGCUUUGAGCAGCCUGGGGACCCAGGAAAGCAGCUCUGUCAACAGGAACUUUCUGAAACUUGCAGAGCUGUUUGAGAAACUCCGGGUAAGAAUUCAGAAACCU